CGUUGUUGCCGAUAAACUUCGAAGCAGAAGAAGAAGAAGCGUCACCUCGGAAACGCUCCUCCAAACUCAGCUGAGUGAUGCUAAAGCUGCUCUUCAGCGGAAAUUUACUCACAAACGUUGCGCCAAAGGUGAACCUGUGAAGAACCGUCUCCGUCAGUUGUGGGACCAGGAUGGACGUCAGCAUCGCCGUGUCGCUGAUCCGAGGCCAGAUGGGCACCGUGGUGGAGCGGGCGGUGAACGUCGCCGUGGAGACGGUGCUGGCCGAGAUGCUGAAGGUGGUGGGGGUGAAGUUCGAGGAGCUGAAGGCCCAGCUGGUGCUGACGAAGAAGGAUGUGGCGGCGCUGCAGAGGGAGAAGGCGCUGAAGGAGAAGGAGAACGACAACAUCCGGGCCAAGCUGCGCUACACCGAGCUGAAGCUGAAGUACUACCGGCAGGGCGUGGAGGAGGAGCUGCAGCAGAGGGCCUCCACCUCCACGCUGGUCCGCAUCCAGCCACCCGCCUUCACCCGCAUCCACAGAGGAGGGACCGGAGUCUCAGCCGCCGAGGCCUCCAUGUCCUGCUCUGCUCACAUCAGAACCAACGAGGAAGCAGCGACCAGAAGUAACCAAGUCCCAGAAUGCACCUCUUCCCAGAGCGCCAGCAGACGAGCAGUCAGAGUCUGUUGUCCGUCUGAUGUUGCUGCUUCUGAUUCGUCUGAGCUGCUGCUGCCGGUUUCACUGACCGUCAACACACCUGUAGAACAUCUGGGCAGCAGCUCAGUUUUAUUCUGUCCUGCAGACCCAGUUGAGAGCAAAGACGUGGACCUGGACGAUGAGUGUGAUUGGACGAUCACUCUGCAGCCUCAGACUGAAGCUGUGGACGCCGUCGUGGCUCCGCCUCCCGUCCACACUCCCACUUUAGAUGGAGGUCAACAGUCUCCAGACAGAUUAACUCAGGCUGACAGCUCCACACUGCCCUCUACUGGUCCUCAGGUGAAGCAGGAGGAGGAGGAAGAGGAAGAGGAGGAGGUGAUCUGCAUCAAGGAGGAACCAGAGGAGGAGCAUCAGGGGAUGGAGACGCUGCUGCUGGACUGCCAGGUGAAGACAGGUCCUCCUCCAGAGACUCAGCCUCAGAGGUCGAUGACUGAUUGGUCCAGACUUCCAGGAAACCAGAUGAACCAGAGUUCAGCCUCCAGUCCGACCAGCUAUCCAGUCCCUCCUCUGUCCUCCUCCCUGGCGGUUCUUCCUCCCGGUGUUCCUCCUCGCCAGGCGGUCCGACCCUGGACCAAAGACCUGAGCCUCUAUGAAGAAUAUAAACUCCGGAGGAACGAGCUGCGACGGCGAAACCUGAGCAGACGGAGAGAGCUGGAGAAGACGCUGCCUCAGCCGCUGCUGGCAGAUCUGGUGAGUUCCUCAGUCAUUUUACAGCUUUUUUUGGUCAAUUUGGACAGUUUUCAGUCAUUUAGGAUGAGUUUGAGUUAUUUUCAACAUCAUUUAAAUAUAUUUGGACAGUUUUUGAAUCAUUUUAGUCAAAUUUUUGUGUCAUUCUGGAUGUUUCUUUCGUAAUUGUGGACAAUUUGAUUGAGUUUUAGUUAUUUUGGACGUCAUUUGAAUGAGUUUUGACAGGUUUUGAAUCAUUUUUGACAAAUUGGGGUUCAUUUUAGACAAUUUUGAUGAGUUUUACUGAUUUUGAACAACAUUUGAGUUGGUGUUUGACAGUUUUUAAAUAGUUUUAGUCAAAUUUUUGUGUCAUUUUGGAUGUUUCUUUGGUCAUAGUGGACAAAACUUGCGUCAUUAUGAACAUUUAGAUUGAGUUUUAGUUAUUUUUGAACAGUUUUUGAAUCAUUACAGACAAUUUUAGGUUAUUUCUGGACAAUUUUGAUGAGUUUUAGUUAUUCUGGACAACAUCUGAGUUGGAUUUGGACAGUUUUUGAAUCAUUUUGCUUAAAAUGUGGUCAAGUUCCAUGUCAUUUUGGAUGUAUCUUUGGUCAUUUUGGAGGAUUUGAAUUAGUUUCAGUGAUUUUGGACAACAUUUGAGUUGGUUUUGGACAAUUUUUAAAUCAUUUCAUUCAAAAAGUGGUCAAUUUUUGUAUCAUUUUGGACAGUUUGAUUGAGUUUCAGUUAUUUUUAGACAAUUUUUGAAUCAUUUCAGACAAAUUUUGGUUCAUUUUAGACAACUGUGAUGAGUUUUAGUAAUUUUUUUGAGUUAUUACUGUUUGUUGAUCAGAGGAUUAAAUUACUUUAUGUAUCGUUGUCUUGUUGCAUUGUUGUGUAUACUAAACAUAAAAUGUGUUGACGUGUUGAUGUUAUGCUGACGUGCUGACGUUGUGUUGACGUUAUGCUGAUGUUGUGUUGACAUUGUGUUGACGUUGUGCUGAUGUGCUGACAUGUUGACUUU